CGCGAAUGCGAUCGCCGAGCUCCAAGUAGAGGUUUAACGUCAAGCUGAGGUUAUUCAGCAACAAGGCAAUAGUCUCCUCCUCCUACAAGCUCGCCCUUCUACGAAUGCGAAACCGAAAUCCUCCCUCCCACACCCCGAAAAAUUCAAUGGCCAGGUCCACAAGUUCAAUACCUGGCUUCCCUCAAUUAACGCUAAGCUACGGGUCGAUAGCGAAGCUAUUGGCGAUCCUACUGCUCAGUUCUAUUACGUCUACCUCAAUCUCGAGUCUCACGUAUAAGCUAUGGUUCUUCCGCAGCUCUCUCAAGCCGAAGAAAAUCAAACCUGGGCCUAUACCUCGAUUCUCGACUAACUCUCUCGCGUUUACUCGAAUCCGAAUAAGGUGCAAGAGGCAGAAGACAAGCUAUAUUCUCUCAAGCAAGGCACUGAUUCGCUCCAUGCUUUUAUAGCUAAGUUUGAGCCUUUCCGCCAAGGGCUCAAUACCACAAUCAAGAAUAGGCUAGUACAGCAGUUAAACCUCCCUCGAACCUAUACCGGGUUCAUCGAGACGGUAUAACAGCUGGCCGGACACUCUAGCACGUACAAAUACCAUGACCCUGGAAAGAAGCCUUACCACUCAAGCAAAGACGAUACCAUGGACAUAUCAACCAUUAAUACCAUUAGUACGAUUACCGAGCCUCCACGAUCCUCCUCUCCACGAUGCUUUCCUCCACGAUCCUUCUCUCCCUUUCAUACGAAUAGUCGAGUACGAUCUAUAAGCCCGGCGGAACGCUAGCUACU